AAAAGCAAAUUAAAACAGAAAAAAACUUGAGAAAGCAGCAGCAGCAUCUGAGUUUUUUUUUAUAAAAAAAAAAUCGUAAACGCAAACAAACAAAAGAAGAGAAAAAAACGGAGUGGCAUCGCAAUCGUCGUCGUCUCCGCUCCUCUACCUCUAUCUCUCUCCUUUCUCCCGGAUUAGGUGGCAUUACGAUGGAUUGCAUAGGUAACGAGAGGCAGGAGGAGCAGGGAAUGGUGGUUUCAGAUAAAGUUGAGCAAACUCAAGAUUCGUCGAUUUUAGCUGAUGAUCUCUCUUUCCUUCGGAGUUCUCCGUUUCCAGAUCCUGAGUCUUCAGCAGGUGAAAUUGAAGGCAAUAUAUGUUCAUAUGAUCUUGAUGGCAAUGUAGACUCUGAGACGAUCAAUCCAGCAUUGAAGUUGGUACGCGAGGAUAAUGAGGAGAAGAAUGAAAACUUGCUAAAGAACCAUGCUCUGAGUAUGAAUAAUAGGGGUGUGGGAACCAACUCCCCUAUUACUGACUCUUCUUUGAUAUGGAGUUUUCAAUCGUCAUUUGGUUAUGGAGGCGUCGAAGAAGAAGCUCGUAAUCCUUACAAGCUAGUUGAGCCACUCGGAGUUGUAGAUGGCAAUGGCAGAAUAGCAGGUGAAGUCGCUUCUGGGUCCGGGACGACUAGCCAGUCUCGACAACGGCGAAGGAGCUCUCGAGAUAGUAGUAAACAGGGUAGUCUGACGCAGAAGAAACAAUCAGAAGAAGAGUCAAUUUUCAAGUGCUCGAAGCAGAAGAGGAGCUCGGUUUCAAAACCGUGCCGUUCAUCUCUGUGGGGAUUACCAAGUAGGACCUCUGAAAUCUUCUUACAGAGCAAUGGUAUUCCUCAUGAUGGACCUCCACAACAUAAAAAUGGAGAGCUUAACAGUUUUCAUAAUGGAUCUAACAGAUACAUCCAAGCAUCAAGUGGCUCUGGCCUUCGUUUGAAAGUUAAAUUUGGUAAAUCAGGUGGCCAAACAGUCUCUAAGGUCACUGGUAACUCUUUGGCUGCUAAUGAUAUAGUUAAGGCGGGAACAGGUUUAAAAUUUCCAGGGCCAGCAAAUGUUGUGGAGGAUAAACUCCGAACUCUGGAAACUAGAGAGCAUUUAGAAGAGAAAAGUAAUCACGUGGAUACACUUUCAUAUCGGCUGUCAUCUGAUUCAAGUAUGGAUGAGAAAAACAACCAAGAGGCUGGGGGGUUAUGUAGGAAGCUAGGUGGUGAUGUUUUAGAUGAGGGACCACACCUUUCCUCUAGUAUAGUGGUUGAAGAGUGCGAGAGGACCACUGGAAUCCGGUCCCUGGACGCUGAAACCUCACCCGAUUCAGAAGUUAUCAACUCUGUGCCUGAUUCCAUAGUCAGUAUAGGACCUAAAGGGGACUUGCCUCCCGGCUUUUUCAGCACUCCAGAAGAUGUGGUUAACAGAAACAUACAAUUAGACAAAGUAGAUGAGUUGCUUGCUUCAAAAUCUCCUUUGGAAAAUGGUUCACAUCUAAUUCCCGUCGCCAAAAAAGGGAAACAACCUAAGUCAAAAGGUAAUGGAACAAAAAAAGGGAAAUCCAAGUCCGAAUCUGCCAAAGACAGGAGAAAAAUUGAAUCUCGUGAGGGGUUAGAGCAAUCCAAAUCCAUAAGCAAGAGUGUUGGAAGGGAUGAUAGUGAUUAUCAUGAAGUAGGCAGAAUAAAGUCUCACGAAACAACAGGUCCUCCUGUAGACGCUGAUAUUGGAAAAAUCAGUGCCAUUAAUGGCGCCAUAUCAUCAGAUGUGAUCCAUGGUGAAUUGGGCAUGGAUGUUGCGAUCGAGGAUAGCCCUUCCACUGAGACUGCAUGGGUUCGAUGUGAUGACUGCUUCAAAUGGCGACGAAUACCUGCUUCUGUUGUCGAGUCAAUUGACGAGAGCUCAAGAUGGAUCUGUACGAACAACUCAGAUAAAGACUUUGCUCAUUGCUCAAUAUCUCAAGAGAUGUCAAAUGAAGAUAUUAAUGAAGAGUUGGGCAUAGGACAGGACGAAGCAGAUGCAUAUGACUGUGAGGCGGCUAAAAAAGGGAAAGACGAGGAACAGAAGAGCAAACCUUUGCCAGGUAAGAAAAAGGCGUGCUUCAGGGCUAUAAAAACAAACCAGUUUCUUCAUCGUAACCGUAAAAAUCAAACAAUUGACGAGAUAAUGGUUUGCCACUGCAAACCACCACCUGGUGGUAGAUUGGGUUGUGGAGAAGAAUGUCUCAACAGAUUGCUUAACAUUGAAUGUCUUCAUGGUACCUGUCCUGCUGGCGAUUUAUGCUCUAAUCAGCAGUUUCAAAAACGAAAGUAUGUUAAGUUUGAGAGAUUCCAAUCUGGUAAGAAGGGUUAUGGCCUAAGAUUGCUUGAGGAUGUACGCGAGGGGCAAUUCCUUAUUGAAUACGUUGGAGAGGUGCUUGAUAUGCAGUCCUAUGAGAAUCGUCAGAAAGAUUAUGCUUCCAUGGGUCAGAAGCAUUUCUAUUUCAUGACACUGAAUGGGAAUGAGGUAAUAGAUGCUGGUUCAAAGGGAAAUUUAGGGCGUUUCAUCAACCAUAGUUGUGAACCAAACUGCUGUACUGAAAAGUGGAUGGUGAAUGGUGAAAUUUGCGUUGGAAUAUUCUCCAUGCAAGACCUUAAGAAGGGUCAGGAGUUGACUUUUGACUACAACUAUGAGAGGGUUUCUGGUGCUGCUGCCAAGAAGUGUUAUUGUGGGUCAUCACAUUGCCGAGGUUAUCUUGGGGGAGAUCCUUUGAACGGUGACGUAAUUGUUCAAAGUGACUCCGAUGAAGAGUGUCCUGAACUGGUGAUCCUUGAUGAUGAUGAAAGUGGGGAAGGAAUCUUGGAUGCAACCUCUAGGAUCUUCAUUGAUGGUGCUGGCAUACAAAUGCCACAGAACUCUUCAAAAGUUAAUGAUUUGAAGGACCUUACUUCUGAUAAUCCACAAUCACAGGGCUCAUUGUCUGUAAAACAUCCAGAGAGAGAGACUUUUCCAUCUCUUCAACCAACCGAAGUUUCCAAGGAACUUUCGACGGACAUACCUGUCAUUGCUGUCCAGCAGGAGGUUCUUGUUGGAAAGAAGAAUAAAAGCACAUCUCCCACGUCCAGUACUCUCAGCAAACUGUUCUCUGAUGGCGCAAAUGCUGAUAAGACAGCAAAGCAUGGAUCGGGUGAAGAUAAGAAGAUACUUUCACGGUCCCGUCCUCGUAUGAAAACUUCUCGUUCAUCUGGGUCUAGUAAGCGAGACAAAGGAGGUGUUCUUCCUGGUGUCAACAAAGCACAGAUUAUACCAGUCAAAAAGUUGCAACAGCAGCCCAUCAAAUCUAAAGGAUCAGAGGAAGUUUCUCCCAGUGGGCGUAUCGAAACAUUUGAAGGAAAACUGAACGAGUUACUAGAUCCUGUGGGAGGGAUAAGCAAGCGGAGGGAUUCAGCAAAAGGCUACUUGAAGCUUUUGCUUCUCACUGCUGCUUCCCGAGGCAAUGCCAAUAAUGAAGGAAUUCAAAGCAAUCGAGAUCUUUCGAUGAUCCUUGAUGCCCUUUUGAAGACAAAGUCACGAACUGUUUUAGUUGACGUAAUCAACAAGAAUGGUCUGCAAAUGUUGCAUAAUAUCAUGAAACAAUACCGGAGAGAUUUUAAGAAGACCCCAAUACUCCGAAAACUUUUGAAGGUAUUAGAGUAUCUUGCUACAAGGGAUAUUCUUGGACUGGAGCAUAUAGUCAGACCACCUCCUUAUGCAGGGAUGGAAAGCUUUAAGGACUCUAUUCUAACACUCACCGAGCACGAUGACAAACAGGUUCAUCAAAUUGCACGGAACUUCCGAGACAGAUGGAUCCCUAAGCAUUGUAGAAAACCUUGGCGCAUGGUCGACAGGGAGAAGGAGAGGUCAGAGUCUAGAAGAAGAUCACCUAUAAACAGCAGAUUUAGAAAAUCACAAGAACAACCUAGAUAUGAUCAUCAUUCUCCAAGACCUGCAGAACCAUUUACAUCUGCCACAUCAUCAAGGGCUGCAACACCUGAAACAGCUUCUGUAUCUGACGGAUGUUCAGAACCUAAUCCAAGUCUUCCCAAGACAAAUGGACGCAAGCGUAAAAGCAGAUGGGACCAGCCAUGUCAACAAACAGAUGCAACCCUACACGACCUUCCGCCACCAGGGUUUUCAUCACCUUGCACGGUUGCGUCUGAUAAUACAAUCACCGCACAGCCGCAAGAGAAGUUUCUUUCUCGGUUAACAGUCUCGUAUGGGAUCCCUCUUAGCAUCGUUCAUCAACUUGGUUCACCCAGCAAAGAUGACCCGACAGGCUGGUCCGUUGCUCCUGGGAUACCGUUCUUUCCGUACCCACCUCUGCCUCCGGUUUCUCAUGGUGAGUUUUUGGCUAAGAUGAAUGGGAUCUUACCGGAUACAAACAUCUCAGGUGUUACCGGGACUGUCUCAACCGCUCCAAACAGGAAGAGGGAGUUUUCAUCUGAUAUAGGAACAAGUUACUUUCGGCAACAGAAACAGAACAUUCCUCCGUGGAUUCGGAAAGCAAACAGCCUUGGAAACCUAACCUUAGAGAAGAAGAUCAACAGUUAAGAAACUCUUAGCUUUAGAGAAGUACACAGUCCUUGAGAGUUAAAAUGGAGAGACGAUGCAGCUCUUGAGGAGAAUUACAGUGAUUGAUUGGUUAGUUUUGCUCAUAGUAAAGUCCCCUUUAAGGGAAUCAUGUGCUUUUCUUCCCUUUUUAGUAUAUUUUAAAUUCUUUUUGUUUAUGACUUUUUAAUAUUAAAAGUCACAUGAAAUAGCAAUCACAUUCUUUA